AGCAGUAGUACUAUGAAAGAGAGAGAAGCCCAUGAGCCGUCAGCCCUGAUGGUAUCUAUACAUAUUUGUGUGUAUGUAUAUGCCUAAGUAAUUUAUAAUACAUAUGUAUAUAUAUUUGUAACAAGAUUCAAUAAAAAAAUGUAGAGGUGCCUGUGGAGCAGCAAUCAAGUUCCCCAUAACCUGGAUCUUCUGCUGUCAACACUCACAAAUAUCCCCAAGAAAAAUAAAAAAUAUAUUCUUGGAAAUAGUUGAAGAAGAAGCCCAUUUUCCCAUUCUUGCUGCAGAAAACAAGAAAGAAAAAUGGUGGAGGUUAUGAUAAGAGAAGGGAGAUCUCUGGAGGUAACCCCAACAUGGUCAGUUGCUACAGUCACCACAGUCAUGGUUUUUGUCUGCUUAUUUGCUGAAAGAUCCAUUUACAAAUUUGGGAAGUGGUUGAAGAAGACAAAGAGGAAAGCCCUUUUUGCCUCUCUUGAGAAGAUUAAAGAAGAGCUGAUGCUGCUUGGGCUUAUUUCACUGUUGUUGGGGCAAUGGGCAAGGUGGAUUUCUCAAAUUUGUGUCAACUCAUCCCUAUUCAGCAGUAAAUUCUACCUUUGUUCCGAGGAAGAUUAUGGGGAGACGAAGAGAAUGUUACUUAUGGAACAGUCAAGUUCUUCAAAUGGAACUGAUAUUCCUCCCAAAGGCAUUAGUUACGUCGCAUCUCAUACCUGUGGCGAGGGGCGAGAACCUUUUGUUUCUGCAGAAGGUCUUGAGCAACUUCAUCGGUUCUUGUUCGUUCUGGGUAUCACUCAUGUUCUGUAUAGCUGUAUAACAGUCGGCCUAGCUAUGAGUAAGAUAUACAGCUGGAGGAAAUGGGAAAUUCAAGCGAGCAUCGUGGCUGAGGCAAAUGCACAAGCAAAGCACAAGGUGAUGAGACGACAAUCCACAUUUGCUUUGCAUCAUGCAUCUCAUCCAUGGAGCAGGAGUCGAGUUCUCAUCUGGAUGCUUUGCUUUCUCAAACAAUUUAGAAGUUCAGUCCGAAAGUCAGAUUACAUGGCAUUGCGAUUGGGAUUCAUCACAAACCACAAACUGCCUCUAUCCUAUAAUUUUCACAAAUAUAUGGUCCGGAGCAUGGAAGACGAAUUCUAUGGAAUUGUCGGUAUCAGCUGGCCGCUUUGGGGAUAUGCUAUACUAUGCAUCUUCAUAAACAUACACGGUCUUAAUAUUUACUUCUGGCUUUCUUUCAUACCUGUCAUUCUUGUCAUGUUGGUGGGCACAAAGCUCCAGCAUGUUGUCUCCCUGUUAGCACUUGAAAUCGCCGAGCCACGAGGCCCAUCCGUUGGAACUCAGGUUAAGCCACGCGACGAGCUAUUCUGGUUUGGGAAACCAGAGAUUUUGCUACGCUUGAUACAGUUUAUAUCGUUUCAGAAUGCUUUCGAGAUGGCAACCUUCAUCUGGUCCUUGUGGGGACUCAAGCAGCGCUCUUGUUUCAUGAAAAAUCAUGCUAUGAUCACCAUUCGGCUGAUUUCAGGAGUUCUGGUUCAGUUCUGGUGUAGCUACAGCACUGUCCCUUUAAACGUAAUCGUCACAACGAUGGGAUCUCGUUGCAAGAAAGCUCUGAUUGCCGAAAGCGUGAGGGAGUCAUUGCACAGUUGGUGCAAGAGAGUGAAGGAGAGGUCCAAGACGACAAUGUCGGUCACCACAAGGUCAACAUGUUCCCUUGAAUCAACCAUCGAUGAGAGGGAUGAGAUAAUCACUGUUGCAUCAGGUACAUUAUCUCCGUCAUCCUCAACAGGUUCGUUGAGCCAUCUAGAUGCAAACGGGCUGUCAAAUGGCGACCAAGAAUUUGCUGCAGAUAGCUCAAACCAUGAAAUCGAGCACGAGUUUUCAUUUAGACACAUGCAGCAGCAUCCAUCUGAAGCGCCCACCGAUGACGUUGCUGACCACAUUGAUGUCGACGACUUGGAGGAGGGCAAGAAUGAGACUCUUCUUGAGCUGUUUCAGAAGACAUGAAAGGCAAAUAACUUCUCCGUACUACCCCGAUGAUCGGUCGAGGGUCGCACAUAUUUUUUUAAAGUAGACCACUCAUAUUUUUUUGAUAAAAUUAAGGAUAGAUAUAAUUUGGUCCUCAAAUAAAGUUACUUGUGCAAUUUGGCCCUUAAAAAAUUUAAAACAUUCGCUCGCACGUACGAUUUAUGGUUUCAGCCUGCCAACUAGAUAGUUAGUCACUUAUUGCUUUUGCUGCAAUAAAUACAAAUAGAAAAAUGGGGUUAGCAGUAACAUUAAAAGGCAACAGCUAACAACUAAAGCUCUAUAUGACAUUAGCUUCCUCGCUCGUGCCCCUCACCCCGUUCAAUUCUCUUUGGGAGAGUAACAGCAUUAUCUCAACUGUGCCAGCUCCCUUUUUGGGCCUACCGGGGGAUCUGACUUUGGUACUUCAAUUAUUGUAAGUAAAAUUAUAACUUGCGGUCCAAAAGUGCAAUAUCAAAUUGUUUGAAACUUAAAAUUGUAUAAAUGAUUUUAUUUAAGGACCAAAAGCGCAAUUAUGCAGAUAAAAUUAUUGAAAAAGAGCAGUCAAAAUUGCAUGUUCAUUUCGGAAUAGGGGAAAAGAAAAACAAAGAAAGAAAGGAAAAACAAAAAUACAUUAAAAUCAAAUUAAACGAAUUAACCCUCACCAAGUAUGAAAAAUUUUAGCCGGACCAAGUUAUCAAUCAAAAUAUGAUAGUAAAGUGUGUGUGUGUGUGUGUGUGUGUAUAUAUAUAUAUAUAUAGAGAGAGAGAGAGAGAGAGAGAGAGAGGGUAGAUAAAUUGAAACUAACUGUCAAUUGAAGUUACGGAUGAAUCGAAAUCGAAAUCCACAUGAUU